ACUUUUACUGCUACUGCUUGUUACGUCCUAUCCUAUCACUCCUGUAGUCACAACGUGGGUUGUACUGGAUCUGGAUGUCUGAACUCUGAAUCCCCGAGUCCAAAUCUGGGAUUAGUAGCUACUAUAUACUAUAUAGAUUUUAUAGACUCGUUCAAUUCAUUUAAUUUUACUACUUUAUUAUAAGUUAGGCCUUGUUUUUGGUUAAUCUUUAUUAUUUUCUUCGGAUCAUCAAAUAUGUUUAGAAGUGGUUUUAUAAAACUUAACAAAAACGAAACGCCCCAAGAAAAAACUACAAAAGCAUCCAAUGAUAGGGGUGUCAUUUAUCUUGGUCAUGUUCCUCAUGGGUUCUACGAAAAUGAAAUGAAACAUUAUUUUACACAAUUUGGAGAGGUCACAAAUAUCAACAUUCCUAAAAGCAAGAAAACUGGUAGAGCAAAAGGAUAUGCAUUUGUAGAGUUUUUGUACCCAGAAGUUGCCAAGGUAGUUGCAGAAACCAUGAAUAACUAUUUGAUGCACAAAAAAAUUCUUGUUGCCAAGUACCUCCCUCCAAACCAAGUAAAAAGUAAUACAUUUUGGCGUUGCAACAAAAAUAAAAUUCCGCUAACAAUAAAAAAUAGGUCUAUACAAAGAAAAGCAAUGGAGAGACCAUUAGAUCCUGAACAAGAAAAACAAAGCAAAGUUGCAUUAAAAAAGCGUAUCAAAUCUUUACAAAAGAAAUUGAAAAGUAAAGGAAUCGAAUAUGAAGUGCAAGUAGCCGUAUAGAACACACAGCUGAUGCAGCAAAGAAACAAAUGAUUUUGAAAGAGUAAUCAUUACAGGGUAUAUUCAAUGCACAUUUUAAGUUUAAUCUUACUUGCUGUUUUUAUUACUUCAAACGUUCAGUGUAAUAAUAUAAUAUCUUAAUAUUUUUAUGUACCUAUUGUAUAAUGUAUAUAUUAUGUAAAUACAUUUUUAUUACUCGGGUUAA